AUGGUAACAAAUGCAAAUCCCUUGGGGCGAUAUGGGACACCACCUGGUCUCACCAAUAAGGGUACUUCAACGUUCCGCCAUUUUAGUCAAUUUUUUUCAUCUCUAAAUCGCAGCAAGCUUUCUGUACUACCAGCUAGAAUCGAGAAAGCUGUUUACAUUGAAGACUGCAUUGUUUUUAUUUUGAUCAACUGUACAGAUUUUAAGAACUUUAGUAGAUGUUCCACGUCUGUAAAUUCUGCUGCUUGA